AUGGUAUAUAUAUGUUCAUAUCUUUUUACAGCCUCAACCAUUAGUUUGGGUAUAAGUGAAGCAAUCUGGUCAAAUUCCAGCACCUAGAUCAGGUCAUACUUUUGUAACUGUUGGAAAAACUCACAUACUAUUUGGAGGAUUAGAUAGCGAGAAGAAACCAGAUGCAGAAAAGAAAAAUACAAAGAUAGCGCCAAAUAAUUAAGGUAGAUAUUGUAAUUAACAUAUAAGUAUAUUCAUUGAGAGUAGCAACAAAUGCUUGUGAAUGGAAGUUAGUAUAAUGCUCUGGUGAUCCACCAUUGCCAAGAACAAAUCAUGCAGCAUGUGCCCUUUCUAGUGAUAAAAUGCUUAUUUUUGGUGGGUUUUACACAUCAAAUCUCCGUUUUAAUGACACAUUUAUCUUAAGAACUACUAAUUUCUAAUGGUCUCAACCACCCAAUUAAAAAGUAACUGGCGAACCUAAAAAUGCUGAAUCUAAGAUAGGUGCACCAGAACCAAGAGGAAACCAUUCAGCAACAUUUCAUAAAAACAAAGUAUAUGUUUUUGGAGGACAUGGAGGAGUUGGAUAUGCAACUAAAUCAUUCAAUGAUUUAUAUGUUUUAGAUUGUGAAAGUUUUGAAUGGUCACAACUAGAACCUAGUGGAACACCACCUGAUCCUAGAGGAGGACACAAUUCUUAAAUUAUGGGAUAGAACGAUUUGUUAAUGAUUUUUGGCGGAUGGAAUCAAAUUUCGUAAUUUUAAAAUGUCAUCAUUUAUGAUAUUAAUAACAAUAGUUGGGUAGAUCCAGAAAUAUCACAUGAAAUACCUAAGUGGAACAUGGCAGGAAUUAUGGUGCCAUCUAUUCCAUCUUGGAAAUAUUUCAUUUUUGGUGGACAAGUUGGUAACUUUGAAGAAGGUGGUAACAGAACAGCAAGUAGAUUAGUAGAUGAUACAUUUGUAUUGGAUGUAGAUGCUAAGAAAUGGUCACCUGUCUAAUUAGAAGAAGAAAAACCAGUCAAACCCAAGACUAGAGAAUCAACUACUUUAAUUUAUGAUCCAUAAGAUUCUAGAAUUAUGAUGUUUGGUGGAUGGUCAAAUGCUUGGAUGAAUGAUAUGUAUGCAUUGAAUGUCUCAUCAAUUGUUGGACCUCCAUAUGCUAUCUAUUCAAUUAAACCAUGUUUGGGUCCAUUAACAGGAAAAACCAAAGUGUCUAUUACAGGAGAUGGAUUCAGAGAUUCAUAAAAUAUUAUCGUCAGAUUCUUUUCAGGAAAAGCUUAAGAGGAUGUUCCAGGAGUAUAUGUUAGUCCAACUGAAUUAACUUGUGAAACGCCUUCAUAUGAAAAACAUGGAGCUAGAAAAUCUGAAGUUAAAGUUAGUGUGGAUAAAUAAGAUUUCACUAUUAUGAGUCAAUUUUAUUCCUAUUUCUUAAACUCAAAGGCUGAAAAAACAUUAAUGUUUGGACCAGGAGUGUUGAGAGAAAAUGCAAUAAAAAAUGAUACUAUGUUCUACAUUCAAACAAGAAAUUUAAAUAAUUAAAAUAGAGAAAGUGGUGCUGAUGAAUUUUAAAUUGAAAUCACUAGACCUGAUGUUUUAGCAGAAUUGGAAGAGGAAAGAUAAAGAGAAUCAAU